CCAGCAAUUCCAUUCCAAGCCGGCAGAUUCUGAUAGCGAUGAUGAUCCCUUGGAGGCAUUCAUGGCUGAAGUGGAGGAUCAAGCAGCUAGAGACAUGAAGAGGCUUGAAGAAAAGGACAAGGAAAGGAAAAACGUGAAGGGUAUUCGAGAUGACAUUGAAGAGGAAGAUGACCAAGAAGCUUACUUUCGGUACAUGGCAGAGAACCCAACUGCUGGUGUGGUUCAAGAGGAGGAAGAAGAUAAUUUAGAAUACGAUAGUGAUGGAAAUCCGAUUGCACCUUCCAAAAAAAUCAUUGAUCCUCUUCCCCCCAUUGAUCAUUCAGAGAUUGACUAUCCACCAUUUGAAAAAAAUUUUUACAAUGAGCACGAAGAGAUAACCAGCCUCACCCCACAGCAGUUAAUAGAUCUCCGGCAUAAGCUUAAUCUUCGGGUCUCUGGUGCCGCACCUCCUAGACCAGGAAGUAGUUUUGCUCAUUUUGGGUUUGAUGAACAGCUUAUGCACCAGAUUCGGAAAUCCGAGUACACACAGCCCACUCCAAUACAGUGCCAGGGUGUGCCUGUUGCAUUAAGUGGUAGAGACAUGAUUGGUAUUGCCAAGACAGGCAGUGGAAAAACUGCAGCCUUUAUCUGGCCCAUGUUGAUUCAUAUAAUGGACCAGAAGGAAUUGGAACCAGGUGAUGGACCAAUUGCAGUGAUUGUGUGUCCCACUAGGGAGCUUUGCCAACAGAUCCAUGCAGAAUGUAAGCGGUUUGGGAAAGCAUAUAAUCUUCGGUCAGUGGCUGUGUAUGGCGGAGGGAGCAUGUGGGAGCAGGCCAAGGCCCUUCAGGAAGGGGCAGAGAUUGUUGUAUGUACCCCAGGUCGACUGAUCGAUCAUGUGAAGAAGAAAGCUACCAAUCUUCAAAGAGUCUCUUAUCUUGUGUUUGACGAAGCAGAUCGAAUGUUUGACAUGGGAUUCGAGUACCAGGUGCGAUCCAUAGCCAGUCAUGUCCGUCCUGACAGACAGACUCUUUUAUUCAGUGCAACUUUUAGGAAAAAGAUUGAAAAACUGGCCAGAGACAUCCUGAUCGACCCAAUUAGAGUGGUGCAGGGAGAUAUCGGAGAGGCAAAUGAAGAUGUGACACAGAUUGUGGAGAUUCUCCAUUCUGGGCCUAGUAAAUGGAAUUGGCUUACCCGGCGUCUGGUAGAGUUUACCUCUUCAGGGAGUGUCCUCUUGUUUGUUACUAAAAAGGCCAAUGCUGAGGAGCUGGCCAACAACCUUAAGCAGGAAGGUCAUAAUCUUGGGCUGCUUCAUGGAGACAUGGAUCAGAGUGAAAGAAACAAAGUCAUUUCAGACUUUAAGAAAAAGGAUAUCCCAGUCCUGGUGGCCACAGAUGUUGCAGCUCGUGGUCUGGACAUUCCUUCGAUUAAGACUGUCAUUAACUAUGACGUGGCACGAGACAUUGAUACGCAUACUCAUAGGAUUGGCCGCACAGGACGAGCGGGUGAGAAGGGCGUUGCCUAUACCUUGUUGACUCCCAAGGACAGCAAUUUUGCUGGUGACCUUGUCCGGAAUUUGGAAGGAGCCAAUCAGCAUGUUUCCAAGGAACUCCUGGAUCUGGCAAUGCAGAAUGCCUGGUUUCGGAAAUCCCGCUUCAAAGGAGGGAAAGGCAAAAAGCUGAACAUUGGUGGAGGAGGCCUAGGCUAUAGGGAGCGGCCUGGCCUAGGCUCUGAGAACACGGACCGAGGAAACAACAACAAUGUAAUGAGCAACUACGAGGCCUACAAGCCCUCCACGGGAGCCAUGGGAGAUCGGCUGACAGCAAUGAAAGCGGCUUUUCAGUCACAGUACAAGAGUCACUUUGUUGCCGCCAGUUUAAGCAACCAGAAGUCUGGAAGUUCUGCUGCUGGAGCAAGUGGAUGGACAAGUGCAGGAAGCUUGAAUUCUGUUCCAACUAAUUCAUCCCAGCAGGGCCAUAACAGUCCUGACAGCCCCAUUGCCAGUGCCACCAAGGGCAUCCCAGGCUUUGGCAACACUGGGAACCUCAGCAGUGCCCCAGUGACCUACCCUACUGCUGGAGCUCAGGGGGUCAACAACACAGCUUCAGGAAAUAACAGCCGAGAAGGGACUGGGGGUGGCAAUGGGAAGAGAGAGAGAUACACUGAGAACCGGGGUGGCAGCCGUCAUAGUCAUGGAGAGAGUGGCAGUGGCAGUCGGCAUGGCGAUAGCCCACGUCACGGAGAUGGUGGUCGCCAUGGAGAGGGAUACCGCUACCCAGAAAGCAGCAGCCGUCAUGCUGAUGGCCAUCGUCAUGGGGAGAACAGACAUGGAGGUGGAGGCCGACAUGGGGAGAGCCGAGGUGCAAAUGAUGGUCGGAAUGGUGAAAGCAGGAAAGAAGGUUGUAACCGUGAGAGCAGGAUGGACCCCAAGGUGGACAGCAGCAAGAUGGACAAAAUGGACAGCAAGACAGAUAAGACAGCUGAUGGUUUUGCUGUCCCUGAGCCUCCCAAGCGCAAGAAAAGUCGAUGGGACAGUUAGAUGGUAUGUGCUGAAGUGUGAAAUCAAUUGUCUUUAAUUUUAUUUUUAGAAAGGUUUUUGGUAACUAGGUGUCUCAGGGCUGGGUUGGGGCCCAAGGUAUAAGGGCCCCCUGCCCUUAGUGGAUAGCUGGAGCUUGGAGACAUUACCCCUUCAUCUGGGUCAUUUUUCAGAUGCUUGCUUAGGAAGCUGCUUUAGUCCUUGGAAGCAGUGAGAGCUGGGAAGCUGCUUUUGGCUCUGGGUGAGUUAUGAGGGUCAGAUGAGGAUACCUUGGAAGAAAGGGCCUUAUGGGGUACAAAACUCACUCUCGGUUUGUAUCAUAUGUAGUGUAUAUUUUUUACCAAAAUGUCACCUUAUAAACAUAAGUAAUAUUCUUUGUCUUAGCUAUGUGGCCAGGCAGUCCCUUUUAGGAGUUGGCUUCUGCAAACCUGAUCCUUUGAGAAGUUAGGGAUAUUUGCGAAGUACUUUGGUACUUCCAGACUUUUGCAGGAAAGGAAAGUAUCUGGUUCUAAAUGGGAGUCGAAGCUCAGGUUCCCCAGCUGAGACAGGAAAAGGCAGCCUGCUUUACCCAGAGUCGCUACUAUUGAAGGGGGAAAGAUGAUCCUAAAAACGGUCGCUCUAGGUCUGAAGUGUUGCUAAAUUUAAAAAAACAAAAACCCAACAACAGCUUUUAACUGUCUAUUUUAUUGUAUUUUUUUUUUUAACUUGGCACAAUGGUAGAAAAAUCUUUUGCUGAAAUGAUUUUGAUGAUUUUUGUUCGAUCUUGUUUAUAAAAGAAAUAUACAUACUUUGAAUUUUG